UUUCAAAAACACAGCCGGGGUUUCUGGUGACGUCACUACUAGGAAAGUACACACUCUCAUGAUACUGCUGCAUUGAGCUGAAAACAAGAUAAUCCUUGUUUUUCUCGAGGAAACGGCCGAUGACAUUUUCGUAAAAUAAAAGAAACCUGUCGAAAUGGAGAAGCCUCCCUUCAGACAAAACCAAAACUGCGGAGACUGGGAGUUAAAGGAAAGGCUGGGUAUGGGCGGCUUUGCCCAUGUCUACCUCUACCAACACCAUGAAACAAAUGAAAAACUAGCUGUGAAAAUGUGCCGUCUAGAGCUGACACCAAGAAAUAAGGACAGAUGGAGCCGAGAGAUCCAGAUCAUGAAAAAGUUGAAUCAUAUUAAUGUUGUGACCGCCAGAGAUGUGCCAGAGGAAAUCGAGUGCAUAGCCUUAAAUGAUCUUCCAUUACUGGCUAUGGAGUAUUGUUCCAGGGGAGACCUAAGAAAGGUGCUGAGCAAACCCGAAAACUGUUGUGGGUUGAAAGAGAGUGAAGUGCUUUCACUACUCAAUGAUGUUGGAUCUGGCAUCCAGUAUCUGCAUGAAAACAAGAUUAUACACAGAGACCUUAAACCUGAGAACAUUGUGCUACAAGAUGUCAAUGGAAAGCUUGUUCACAAAAUCAUUGACUUGGGCUAUGCUAAAGAUUUGGACCAAGGCAGUCUGUGUACCUCCUUUGUUGGCACUCUCCAGUACCUGGCACCUGAGCUGUUUGAGAAUAAACCAUACACAGUCACUGUGGACUACUGGAGUUUUGGCACAAUGAUAUUUGAAUGCAGUUGUGGUUUCAGGCCCUUCCUGCACAACCUGCAGCCUGUGCAGUGGGCCAGCAAAGUGCGGAACAAAGGUCCAAAAGACAUCAUGGCUGUGGAGGAACUGAAUGGAGAAGUCAGGUUCUCCACACAUCUCCCCUACCCCAACAAUCUUAGCAGGACUCUCUUGGAGUCAAUGGAAUCACUGCUGCAGCUGAUGCUGAAGUGGGAUCCAGUCCAGAGAGGAGGCAAAGUCAACACUGACAGCAAGAAACCCCAGUGCUUUGAAGUGCUGGAGCAGAUACUGAGCAUGAAGGUCGUCCACAUCCUGAACAUGACGACAGCUCAGGUCCACUCUUUCCAGUUGUCCCCGGAUGAGAGUCUCCACAGUUUGCAGAAGCGCAUUGAGGCUGAGACUAAGAUAGAGGUGGUAAACCAGGAGCUUUUGCAGGAGACAGGGGUGUCACUUGACCCCAGGAAGCCUGCUGCACAGUGUGUUCUUGAUGGUGUGAGAGGAUGGGAUAGUUAUAUUGUCUACCUGUUUGACAAGAGCCUCACCAAGUAUUCAGGCCCCUUCAGUGCAAGACAACUGCCAGAUAAAGUCAACACUAUCGUGCAAGAGGCAAAGACCCAGCUGCCUCUGGUUGUGCUGAAGAAGGUGUGGGGUGAAGCAGUGAGCUACAUCUGUGGCCUGAAGGAUGAUUACAGCAGACUCUUCCAGGGCCAGAGGGCUGCUAUGCUGAGCCUCCUGCGCUACAACACCAAUCUGACCAGAUAUAAGAACAGCAUGUUUGGCUUCUCCCAGCAGCUGAAGGCCAAACUGGACUUCUUCAAGAGCAGCAUCCAGUACGACCUGGAGAAGUACAGUGAUCAGAUGCACUAUGGCAUAUCCUCUGAAAAGAUGCUGAAGGCCUGGCAGGAGAACGAGGAAAGAGCUGCUGCUUUUGCACAGGUGGCAGAGGUGAACCAUUUGGAUGAGGAGAUCAUGGCGCUGCACUCAGAGAUAGUGGAACUUCAGAGGAGCCCGUAUGCUCGUCGUCAAGGAGACAAGAUGGAGCAGCUAGAAGAAAAGGCUAUCGACCUAUACAAGCAACUGAAGAUGAAAUGUAAAACCCCCGAGCCAGAUGUGAGCAGUGACAGCUCUGAGAUGGUCAAGGCCAUCAUUCAGACUGUCCAGAACCAGGACAAGGUGCUCAAAGAUCUGUACACCCACCUCAGUAAGAUCCUGCUCAGCAAACAGAAGAUCAUUGACCUGUUUCCCAGGAUCGAGAAGACCCUGGAGAGCAUCAAGGAUGCUGACAACACAGUGAUGCAGAUGCAGAUCAAAAGACAGAGAGAGUUCUGGCAUUUACUGAAGAUAGCCUGUGCUCAGAACUCGUCACGAAACUCGAUAGCCGUCAGUCCGGAGUCUUCCAACCCGCUGCAGGUCUCUCAGUGGUCGCAGUCAGCUCAACCUGUCAGCUCCCCUCACCCGCUCACCUCCCUGCCUGGACCAAAUGACAGUGAUGCUGCCCCGCGCCUGCUGCAGGAGAACCAGAAGUACCUCAGUCAGCUGACCAGCCUGAUGCAGGAGGCUGCUGAUGAACAGGCCAAAAGCAUAUUGGACCAAGAUUGGAGCUGGACAAAAUAUGAAACUUUAUCAACAAAACUAAAAAAGCGAAAUGCAUAAGAUCUGUCAACAAAUGCGCCAUCCAGCUCAUCUGUGCCUGCGCUCCAAGUAACACUAAGGACUGAAUGCUGUUAACAAAAUGGAGUGGCGUUAACAUUGUACAUUUGUACGUGGACUUGGGAUAUUCACUUUAAAAUGGCUCUCCUGAACCUCUUUACAAAAAAAAGACAGAAUACACACGUUUAAUGGUGUGCAUCCACUCCCAUUUUCUCAUAUCGUGGAAAGUUUGAUCAAUGAAUAUUAUUGUUUUUAUAUGAAAAAUAUGAACACGUGUGUUCCAUAAGUUGUUUAAUCAGUGUGUGUGGGCAUCACUUACCUUUCCCUUUUUCCACACAGACAGUGUUCAUCAUAGUUCAUGUAACUGAUGAUAUUCAUUUUUACUGUUUUUGCAAAACCAAGCAAAGUGUAGCACCAGAUUUGGGGGUUUAGGGCAAAGAGGUGUGUUUGACAGAUGGGAGAGAGUAUUACGUAGACACACGGGGAGUUGGUUCAACCUCGUGGCUUGUGACGUGAUGCAAGGAAAACGCAGGAAAUGUUUCAAGGGGAAAGGAAAUAACAAUCAAGCAAACAGCACUUUGAUACUCCCGUGUAUCCUCUCUGUAGAGAAACCCAAUGUUCCGGAUGAAAUCCUGUUUGAAUCCCAUUUAUCCGGCUGCCAAAUGAGUGCAGCAUUUACAGUCACGAACAAGACAAAAACUGUUAUAGUCAUUCAUAUUCAAGUUAAUAUAUUUUACUAUACACAUGGAUUCUUAGGGUUUAGAUUAUAUGUAAAUGUUAUUUUGAUUUGUCUUUUUUAAAACAAAGUGUUAUAUAUCAUAGGCAGACGCCUUUGUCAUGAUAUAUGUGACGAAAGUGGCUGGCCGUUAUGUUUAUAUAAUGUCUAUACUGUACAUCUGUCUUUUUAAAUGUCACGCUGACAAUGGGUUUGUUGAUUCCUCAUUUAUGUGCACAUUCUGUUUCACUGGAUGGCUUUUCUUUGGAAGAUUGCCAAGUCUGGUUUCCAUAAAACGUCUCGGCACAAUUCCCAUCGUUGUCCAUUAAUUUAGAAUGAAAUGAAUGGAGCACAGUACUGAGAUGCUUAGGGGAAAUUCAGGAUGGCAAAUGGUUGAAUGUACUGCAGUUACACAAAUGUGGCGUAAACUGAAUCGUCAUCUGUAACAAGCAUAAGUGGUUACUUUGGGCCAGAAAGAAAUCUACCUUCCGAGGUGUAUUUAUGAAGUUCAAGUGCAAUGGAAAAAAAAUAUUUUUUGUAUUUAUGUAACAUGCAAUGCCAGUUUUCUUUCCAUUUGAGUAUUUGUUCCCAUCUGAUGGUUUGAACCUGUCUAUGAAUGUUUAAUUUUUAGAAAUUGCAUUGUAGAGAGAUCAAAUUGCCUGGUAUUAAAAUAAAAUAUGACUUUGGCAUGAU